GCCGUGAUUCCUCCAAGUUUCCGACUCCCCCGUCCAAGAUGGACAAAGUCUGUGCUGUUUUUGGAGGCUCCCGGGGCAUUGGCAGGGCAGUGGCCCAGUUAAUGGCCCAGAAGGGCUACCGACUGGCCAUCAUCGCCAGAAAUCUGGAAGUGGCCAAAGCCGCCGCCGGUGACCUCGGCGGUGGUCAUUUGGCAUUUAGCUGUGAUGUUGCCAAAGAGCAUGAUGUUAAACAUACAUUUGAAGAGAUGGAGAAAAAUUUAGGUCCUGUUAACUUCUUGGUAAAUGCAGCUGGAAUUAACAGGGAUAGCCUUUUAGUACGAGCAAAAACUGAAGAUAUGAUAUCUCAGCUUCAUACUAACCUUUUGGGUUCCAUGCUGACCUGCAAAGCUGCCAUGAAAACUAUGAUUCAACAUCAGAGAGGAUCUAUUGUUAAUGUAGGGAGUAUUAUUGGUUUAAAAGGCAAUGCUGGUCAGUCUGUGUACAGUGCUACUAAAGGAGGAUUGGUUGGAUUUUCACGUGCUCUUGCUAAAGAAGUAGCAAAAAAGAAAAUUAGAGUGAAUGUGGUUGCUCCAGGUAUCUUUGAAAGAACUGGUAAGAACUAA